AUGUUUCCGUAUGAGAUUUAUUAUAGAAUUCUAAAACAUCUUCCAUAUGAAAGCCUUUAUGGAAGUAUUCGUUUGGUCAAUCAUCAGUUUUCCCAAAUUGCUUCAGAAAUUAUUGAGAAAAGUGACUUUGGAUGGAUUUUGGUGUUCAUUGAUAAUCAUGAUGGCAAGAAUAUAGCUGAUUGGCAUGGAAGUUUUGAAAGCUCUAAGAAGGGAUAUCGAUCUCUUCCUGAAUGUGACCCUCCGUCUUUUAUUAAAAUUGAAAGGAUUUAUUUUUAUUGUGACCUAGUAACUGAAGAACUUGUUACUUUUUUGCAACGAAUGAAGAAAGUUAUUAGUUCUUGCAGAGUUGAUGUUGAUGAUCUUGAUGUUUUUGAUUCGAUUCUGGAACGUUCGAACAUUUCUAUGGAUGUUUUCCUUGAUGCGUUUCAGAAACCGUGUUACCGCUUGUGGAUAGAUCAAGCUUAUAGUUCUGGUUGUGACAAAUUUUUAUCUUCUCAAUAUGUUUUGCAUUGUAAUAAUUUAAGAAUUCAAGAGUUUAUUUUUAUUUCUGAUUCUUUAUUGGAUUGGCUGUUUGGUGAACCAAAAAUUACUCGUUCAAUUCAUCUGGAUGAAUAUUCAAAUGACUGUGUUCAUAAUCUUUUUGACUCUAUCAAGAAAAACGCUGUUGAGACUCCAAAUUUUGACUCAAAGUUCAAUAUUUUUCUCGGUGAAAAUCCUUCUUUUAAUCCAAAAAUAUUUGAAGUUGAGAACAAAUUAAAAAUUCAUUAUUUCAAUGAAAAUUCUUUGGUAUUUUACACCGGAAAAGUUGGGUGGGAAGAAAGAAGGAAGGAAAUUUUGCUUGAAAGUAAUGUAGUUGAGUAUGAUAAUGUUGACCAACAGCGAUUUACUAAAAUUUUUAUUGAAAUGGAGGAAGAAAGUAAAAAAUAUAAUGACGAAAAUGAAGAGAUGGGAGAAGAAUUUAAUAAAAGUGAGGAAGAAGAUUUUGUUAGUGAUGAAUCUUCUAUUAAUGAUGAAAGUGGAGAGGAGGAGGAUAUUAAUGAGAAUGAAGGGUAAUUU